UUUUAGGACACCCUGGUUUCCUUACGAGGCUCCGCGGAGAGCAGGGUUGGUUCCGCUACUAGGUAGAGCGGACUACUUUUCUUAGCGGAGGAGCGGGGUUUUUGAUUCAGCGCUGGUGUAGGGGGGCUCCUGAAUGGGAGCAGUCACUGGAUUCGUGUGAUACCACCCAGGCUACAUUACGGCCCAUCGUUUAGGAUUUUUGGGGGACACAAAACAGAAGACAGCCACCUCUUUCUUCUGGUUAUCCCUCAUCCCCUUUCCUUCUUCACGGUCUCUUCAGGCGCAGAAAUCACCUGAAAAUGGCUCAGAUAUUACCAAUACGGUUUCAGGAACAUCUCCAGUUGCAGAACCUGGGUGUGAACCCAGCUAACAUCGGCUUCAGCUACCUGACCAUGGAGUCAGACAAGUUCAUCUGCAUCCGGGAGAAAGUGGGCGAGCAGAACCAGGUGGUGAUCGUUGACCUGUCCGACCCCAACAACCCAAUCAGGAGGCCGAUCUCCGCUGACAGCGCCAUUAUGAACCCUGCAAGCAAGGUUAUCGCGCUAAAAGACGCUGCCAAAACCCUGCAGAUCUUCAACAUCGAGAUGAAGAGUAAGAUGAAGGCUCACACCACCACGGAGGAGGUCAUGUUCUGGAAGUGGAUAUCUGUGAACACUGUUGCCUUGGUGACCGACACGGCGGUCUACCACUGGAGCAUGGAGGGGGAUUCCCAACCGACCAAAGUGUUCGAUCGGCACGCCAGUCUGGCGGGUUGUCAGAUCAUCCACUACAGAACUGACGAGCAACAGAAGUGGUUACUGCUGAUCGGGAUUUCUGCACAGCAAAAUCGCGUAGUCGGAGCGAUGCAGCUGUACUCGGUUGACAGGAAAGUCUCCCAGCCCAUCGAAGGCCACGCCGCUGCCUUUGGGGAGUUCAAAGUGGAGGGAAAUGCCAAACCUUCCACGUUGUUCUGCUUUGCUGUGCGCUCACAGGCAGGAGGAAAGUUGCACAUCAUUGAAGUUGGUCAGCCCGCUGCAGGAAACCAGCCAUUUGCUAAGAAAGCAGUGGAUGUGUUUUUCCCUCCAGAGGCCCAGACAGACUUCCCUGUAGCUAUGCAGAUUGGGAACAAGCAUGGUGUGAUAUAUUUGAUCACAAAAUAUGGUUACAUUCACCUGUACGACCUGGAAUCUGGAGUGUGUAUAUACAUGAACCGAAUCAGUGCAGAGACUAUCUUUGUUACGGCCCCUCAUGAGGCCACCUCGGGGAUCAUCGGCGUUAAUAAGAAGGGACAGGUCUUGUCAGUGUGUGUUGAAGAAGAAAACAUCGUCAACUAUGCUACAAACGUUCUGCAGAACCCUGAUCUCGCCCUGAGGAUGGCCGUGAGGUCUAAUCUUGUUGGGGCUGAGGAGCUUUUUGGCAGAAAGUUUAAUACUCUGUUUGCCCAGGGAAGUUACUCAGAGGCUGCAAAGGUUGCUGCAUCUGCACCCAAGGGUAUCCUCCGAACAGCAGAAACCAUACGCAAGUUCCAGAGUGUUCCAGCCCAACCUGGUCAAGCCUCACCUCUGCUCCAGUACUUCGGGAUUCUUUUGGACCAGGGCCAGCUCAACAAGUUUGAGUCUCUGGAGCUGUGCAGGCCCGUCCUGCAGCAAGGCCGCAAGCAGCUACUGGAGAAAUGGCUGAAGGAGGACAAGCUGGAGUGUUCAGAGGAACUGGGCGACCUGGUAAAGGCCUCGGACCCAACGUUAGCUCUUAGUGUUUAUCUCAGAGCAAAUGUCCCCAACAAAGUCAUUCAGUGCUUUGCAGAAACAGGACAGUUCCAGAAGAUAGUGCUGUAUGCCAAAAAGGUGGGAUACACCCCAGACUGGGUGUUUUUGUUAAGGAACGUAAUGCGAGUCAACCCAGACCAAGGACUGCAGUUUGCCCAAAUGCUUGUCCAAGAUGAGGAGCCGCUGGCCAACAUCAACCAGAUUGUUGAUGUUUUCAUGGAGGGCAGCCUGAUUCAGCAGUGCACUUCCUUCCUGUUGGAUGCUCUGAAGAACAACCGUCCAGCUGAAGGACACUUACAGACACGCCUGCUUGAGAUGAACCUGAUACACGCUCCCCAGGUAGCAGAUGCAAUCCUGGGGAACCAGAUGUUCACACACUAUGACCGGGCCCACGUCGCUCAGCUGUGUGAGAAGGCAGGGCUGCUGCAGAGAGCACUCGAACACUACACCGACCUGUACGAUAUCAAACGAGCCGUGGUGCACACACAUCUGCUCAACCCUGAGUGGCUGGUGAACUUUUUCGGCUCCUUGUCAGUCGACGACUCUUUGGAGUGUUUGAGGGCCAUGUUGUCGGCUAACAUCAGGCAGAACCUGCAGCUGUGUGUGCAGGUAGCAUCAAAGUAUCAUGAGCAGCUGGGAACUCAGGCGCUAGUGGAGCUCUUCGAGUCCUUCAAGAGUUAUGAAGGUCUGUUUUACUUCCUUGGCUCGAUCGUGAAUUUCAGCCAGGAACCCGACGUUCACUUUAAAUACAUCCAGGCUGCUUGUAAGACGGGUCAGAUCAAAGAAGUGGAGAGGAUAUGUAGAGAGAGCAACUGCUACGACCCAGAGAGGGUUAAAAACUUCCUAAAGGAGGCGAAGUUAACAGACCAGCUUCCCCUCAUCAUUGUGUGCGAUCGCUUUGACUUUGUCCAUGAUCUGGUCCUCUACCUGUACCGCAACAAUCUGCAGAAAUACAUCGAAAUCUAUGUUCAGAAAGUGAAUCCCAGUCGGUUGCCCGUGGUGAUCGGUGGUUUGUUGGAUGUAGACUGUUCAGAGGAUGUCAUCAAGAACCUGAUCAUGGUGGUCAGAGGACAGUUUUCCACCGAUGAGCUGGUGGACGAGGUGGAAAAGAGGAACAGGUUGAAGCUUCUGUUGCCAUGGCUGGAGUCGCGUAUUCUCGAGGGAUGUGAGGAACCAGCUACCCACAAUGCACUAGCCAAGAUCUACAUUGACAGCAACAACACGCCGGAGCGCUUCCUGAAGGAGAACCCGUUCUACGACAGCGCCGUGGUCGGCCGCUACUGUGAGAAGAGAGACCCCCACCUGGCCUGCGUGGCGUAUGAGAGGGGGCAGUGCGACCUGGACCUCAUCAAAGUUUGCAAUGAAAAUUCAUUAUUUAAGAGUGAAGCUCGGUAUCUUGUACGACGAAAAGAUCCGGAGCUCUGGGCCAAAGUGUUGGAGGAAGACAACCCGUUCAGAAGACAACUCAUCGAUCAGGUGGUGCAGACAGCUCUGUCGGAGACCCAGGACCCAGAGGAGGUGUCGGUCACAGUCAAGGCCUUUAUGACUGCAGACCUACCAAACGAGCUGAUUGAGUUGCUGGAGAAGAUUGUUCUUGAUAACUCUGUCUUCAGUGAACACAGAAACCUCCAGAAUCUUCUGAUUUUAACGGCUAUCAAGGCUGACCGCACUCGUGUGAUGGAGUACAUCAACAGGCUAGAUAACUAUGACGCUCCUGACAUCGCUAACAUCGCAAUUAGCAAUGAGCUCUUUGAAGAGGCGUUUGCCAUUUUCAAGAAGUUUGAUGUCAACACCUCAGCCAUUCAGGUUUUGAUUGAGCACAUAGGGAACUUGGACCGAGCCUAUGAGUUUGCGGAGCGCUGUAACGAGCCUGCAGUGUGGAGUCAGUUAGCCAGAGCUCAGCUGCACAGGGACCUCGUCAAGGAGGCCAUCGACUCCUACAUCAAAGCCGUGGAUCCAUCAGCGUACAUGGAGGUGGUCAAUGCAGCCAGCAAGAACAAUAAUUGGGAGGAUUUGGUGAAGUUCCUGCAGAUGGCUCGUAAGAAAGCCAGAGAGUCGUAUGUAGAGACGGAGCUGAUUUUUGCUCUGGCUAAAACGAACCGUCUGGCUGAGCUGGAAGAAUUUGUCAGUGGGCCCAAUAAUGCUCACAUUCAGCAGGUGGGAGACAGAUGUUACGAGGAGGGAAUGUAUGAAGCGGCCAAACUUUUGUUCAACAACGUGUCCAACUUUGCCCGACUUGCAUCUACAUUGGUCCACCUUGGGGAGUACCAGGCAGCCGUGGACAGCGCCAGGAAAGCAAACAGCACUCGGACGUGGAAGGAGGUUUGCUUUGCGUGCGUCGACGGCGAGGAGUUCCGGUUGGCGCAGAUCUGCGGCCUUCACAUUGUGAUCCACGCCGACGAGCUGGAGGACUUGAUCAGCUACUAUCAGGACCGCGGGUACUUUGAGGAGCUCAUCGCUCUGCUGGAGGCGGCGCUGGGCCUGGAGCGCGCCCACAUGGGGAUGUUCACAGAGCUUGCCAUCCUCUACUCCAAGUUCAAACCUCAGAAAAUGAGGGAACAUCUGGAGCUCUUCUGGUCAAGAGUCAACAUCCCAAAGGUUCUUCGUGCAGCUGAGCAAUCUCAUUUAUGGGCAGAGCUGGUUUUCCUUUACGAUAAAUACGAGGAGUACGACAACGCUGUCAUCACUAUGAUGAACCAUGCAACAGACGCAUGGAAAGAAGGCCUGUUCAAAGACAUAAUUGCCAAGGUCGCCAACGUGGAGUUAUACUACAAAUCUCUUUCUUUCUACCUGGAAUACAAACCUCUGCUCAUUAAUGACCUGCUGACUAUUUUGUCUCCCCGGUUGGAUCAUAACAGAGCUGUCAGCUUUUUCUCUAAGAUGAAUCAGCUAAAGUUGGUCAAGCCCUACUUGAGAUCGGUCCAGAAUCACAACAAUAAGGCCGUCAAUGAAGCGCUCAACAACUUGCUAACGGAGGAGGAAGACUACCAGAGCCUGAGAGCCUCCAUCGAUGCUUACGAUAACUUUGACACCAUCGACUUGGCUCAGAGGUUAGAGAAACACGAACUGAUCGAGUUCAGGCGUAUCGCUGCUUAUCUGUACAAAAGAAACAACCGCUGGAGGCAGAGUGUGGAGCUUUGCAAGAAGGACAAGCUAUACAAGGAUGCCAUGCUCUUCGCUGCAGAGUCAAAGGAUGCCGAGCUGGCAGAGACUCUGCUGCAGUGGUUCCUGGAGGAAGACAGGAAGGAGUGCUUUGCCGCCUGCCUGUUCGCCUCCUACGACCUCCUCCAUCCUGAUGUGGUGCUGGAACUGGCCUGGAGGCACAACAUAAUGGACUUUGCCAUGCCCUACUUCAUUCAAGUCAUGAGAGAGUACCUCACUAAGGUUGAUGAAUUUGCAGCAAAGGUGAUGGUGGACAAACUGGAGGAGGCAGAAAGCCAGAGGAAAACUGAGGACGACGUGAAAGAGCCUCAGCCGAUGGUGUUUGGCCAGCAGCUGAUGCUGACUGCAGCUGCCUCUCCUGUGGCGGCUCAGCCAGCGUACCCGGCUUACGGCUUCCCCCCCGCCGCCGCCGCUGCUGCAGCCGCAGCUCCUCCCGCUGCCGCAGGUUAUCCCGCCCAGCCAGCCUACGGCUUCAACAUGUAAACGGCCCCAACUCCUCAUCUUAUUCCAUCUGUCUCUCCUGGUUUCCCUUCACCUGAAAAACUCGCGCACACUUGAACUGAACCGCACUGCUCCGAGCCCCAGUUGAUUCGGCGGAGGCUGAAGAGUCUGAAGAGUCUCCACCCACGCUCACUGAAACUGCAGUCUCAAGUUUCUUCACGCCCCGUUUAGAUGAGUGGCCUCAGAGACAUUGCGAGGAAUCCGGUGACCUCCUGGCCAUUUUUUCCCCCCACUUGCAUCACAAAUCUAAACAGCAUGAAGUCUCUUCUCAGCAGCCAGAGGAGCACCAAACCACUUCGUCCUCUUGCUGUUCCAUGUAGACUUUAUUAACCAUAGAGCAGCUUUUGGUUCUUUGUUAUUUCGCACUGAGUAAAAAGAGACUUUUCUGAGAAGCAACAGAAGGUGGGAGGCAUGUGUUUGCUUCUCUACCUUCCUCUUGAAAGCACUGUUGCGGCCUUAUUUAAUCUAAGGAGGCGGCUUGUUUGUCUCGCAUCUGAAUUCACAUCUGUGUCAUGCUCUGUUCUGAAUGACAGUCGCUGUGCAAUCGUUCUGUGUCCUUUCACAGCAGGUACAAGUAUUUGCAGUAUACAGACUAUUGACCACUUGUGAAUAAGAAUUACAGUCUGUGAAUGUGUGUGUGGGUGUGUGUGUGGAGCCUUUGAAGCUUUUGUGGACACAAUGAAACUUUCACCCACUGUAGAUCUGAUCUCGUCGGUUGACUUUUCAAAGCCCCGAAAGUGGAAGUCCGGAGCGUCGGGAUGGGUGUGACAAAAACCAUGAAAGAAAGGAGGUAAAAUCAUAAAUAUGUGCAUGUGCUGCCAAAUAAUAAUACUGCAACCAGGAGCACAACUGUCAUGUUUCACUCAAGUAUAUCAAGUAUUACAGAUUUUGUGUCAAAAACAAAGAUGUAUAAUAAAACCUUCCCACCAAAUAAAAAAAACAAAACAAAAAAAGAUGUGGUGAAGCUUUGAGUCUCAAGGAGGUGCCAGUUAGGUAAAAAAAAAAAAACCUGUAUAAUUUAAAUGUAAUGAAAUUCCUUACAGAUCAGAAGUAAAAUGGUAUGAAGCACCAUAUGUAUUGUCUAUAAUGUGUUGUAGUCCUAAAAAAGUAUAAAGAAUUUUUUUGUAAGAAAAAGACAAAUGGCAAAAAAAAAAAAAAACAGCUUAAUAAAUGGCAAAGUCUUGAGACAA